AUGAUUGUUCUCUCCUGGAAUGUUCGAGGAUUAGGCUCUAGACAAAAGCGGAGCCUGAUCAAAGGGUCUAUCAGGAGAAAGCAACCGGAUGUUCUGUGUCUUCAGGAAACUAAAGUCCCGAAGUUCUCUAAGCAGCUCCUGGACUCGCUUUGGGGCGAUCAAGAUGCUGAUUUCGUAUCUCUAGACGCUUCGGGGUCCUCAGGUGGUAUCCUUAUCGCUUGGAAAUCUUCCAAGUGGGACCUCCCAACUCUUUCAGGGGCCUUUUCUAAAGCAGCCCUCCUUCAAGAUAAGUAUUCCUCUUUUCGCUGUAUUGUCAUUUCAGUUUAUGGCCCUACAGACGACUCCUUACGGCCUAAUUUUUGGGAAGAACUGAAUGUCAUUAGACAGUCUUUCACAGGGCCCUGUUGCUUUGUGGGCGAUUUUAAUGUCAUUCGCUUUCCUCACAAGCACUCUCGUCGUCGACGCUCUUCUAGCACCAUGCAUUAUUUCAAUGACUGGAUUCAAGCCCAGGAACUGGUCGAUCUCCCCCUCUUUGGUGCUAAAUUUACCUGGUCUAAUGGGCGCAGAUCCCAGAUUCAAUUCAGACUCGACAGAUUUCUGGUUUCCUUAGAAUGGAUUGAGGAGUUUCCUUCUCUGUCUCAGACGACCCUCCCUCGAACGACAUCGGAUCAUUGCCCCAUCCUUCUCUUGGUUAUUGAUGAUGACUGGGGCCUUAAACCCUUCAAAUUCAAUCCGGCUUGGCUUCGCAUCGACGGCUUCCACCAAAAAAUUGUGGAGUGGUGGUCCUCCUUCCCUUCAGAAAGUUUUGCUGGCUACAGUUUUAUGAAUAAGUUCUGCUUGCUUAAGGAAAACCUAAAGGUUUGGAAGAAGGAGGUGCUUCGGAAGAGAGAAACCGAAAUGGAGACUCUGUUCGAAGAGCUUAAUCUGAUCGACUCUGGGUUGGAAGGCAAUGAUCCCUCCCUGGAGAUGUUAACCAGGCGUAUUCAAAUCAUUCAAUCCAUCUCAUCUAGAUGCCUGGAGAUGAACUCUCUUGGAAAAUCAAAUCGCGUUCCAAAUGGAUUUCAGAGGGAGAUAAGAACACCAAGGUGGUCCAGACCUCAUCUGGAUGCUAUCCAUUUCCGCUCGCUCCUCAGCUCGGAGGCAGAGCGCUUGGAGAUCCCCUUUACGGUUGAUGAGGUGAAAUCGACUAUUCAUUCGAUGGGCGGAGAGAAAUCCUCGGGGCCUGAUGGUUUCCCUAUGAGCUUCUUUCACGUCUUCUGGGAUACUGUUCACCCGGAUAUCAUGAACUUCCUCAAUGAAUUUCAUGCAAGGGGGAAACUCUCUAAAGGCAUUGGUGCGUCGUUUAUUGCCCUUAUUCCCAAAGUUCCAGGGGCUUCUUCUUUCUCGGAUUUCAGGCCUAUUAGCCUCAUUGGCAGUCCGUAUAAAAUUCUGGCAAAACUCUUUAUCUUUACGCCUCGCUUCUGUGAUGGAUAG